AUGAUAAGGGAAGUAAUCAUAUUAUCCUUUACAUUAGUAGAGACCAAAACAACAGGAAUAUCACCCACGGAAUAUUCAAUCUCACCAUCAACCGAAGUAACUGUAGAAACCAAAUCUGCAACACCAACAGAGACUUCCAUUAGGACAACACAAAAUCUAUUUUCGUCAGACAAAAGAACGGAACACCUUACAUCCACGCAGAAUAUAUCCACCACAGAAUUCUCUACCACUAUUAUCUUGUCUUCAAAAGGGACAGAUGAAUCACCUAUAAAUUAUACGACAGUCCCUUCCUCAACAAGUCAAUCCACGACAUCAAAUGCGGACGAUAGGUUAACAAGUGUUCCAUCUACCUUAUCUUCCAUGACGGAGUCCUCAACGUAUGUAAACGCUAACAACAACAAUACCACUUCCACGCCAGAGUCCUCAUCGUUUGUAAAUACUACCAUCUACAACACCACUUCCACACCAGAGUCCUCAACGUAUGUAAACACUACCAUCUACAACACCACUUCCACGCCAGAGUCCUCAACGUAUGUAAAUACUAACAACUACAACGCCACUUCUCCGCCAGAGUCCUCAACGUAUGUAAACACUACUAUCUACAACACCACUUCCACGCUAGAGUCCUCAACGUAUGUAAACACUACCAUGUACAAUACGACUUCCACGACUCAGUCCUCAACGUAUGUAGAUAUUACUAUCUACAACACCACUUCCACACAAGAGUCCUCAACGUAUGUAAACACUACCAUCUACAACACCACUUCCACGACACAGUCCUCAACGUAUGUAAACACUACUAUCUACAACACCACUUCCACACCGGAGUCCUCAACGUAUGUAAAAACUACCAUCUACAACACCACUUCCACGCCAGAGUCCUCAACGUAUGUAAAUACUAACAACUACAACGCCACUUCUCCGCAUGAGUCCUUAACGUAUAUAAACACUACCAGCUACAACACCACUUCCGCGCCACAGUCCUCAACGUAUGUAAACACUACCAUCUACAAUACUACUUUUACGCCAGAUUCCUGA